AUGGGGCCGAUUGGUCUGGAUGGACCUAAAGGAGAUCCAGGAAGGCCUGGAGACAAAGGACAGAAAGGGGAACUGGGCAGUCCAGGCCUCGAUGUAUAUGCCGCCGUCAAGGGCCUGAAGAGGUCGGUGACAACGUUACGAGGCGGAACGCUAGGCUACGCCGAAAUCGUAGCUGUCAAGGGGCUACAAGAACUUGGCCAUAACAUUUCUGAACAAAGCGUCGUAGUGCUCAAAGGUGAGCCUGGAGAACCUGGUCCGCCAGGACCCCCAGGCCCGCAAGGACCAGAAGGACUACCAGGUCAGGAUGGAAGGCAAGGACUUCCUGGAGAGCCUGGAGUCAGUGGACCUCCCGGUCCUCCGGGACCACCUGGGCCGCAAGGAGAAGCAGGACCUGUAGGCCCUAUAGGUGAAAAAGGUGAUAAAGGCGACCGAGGAUUGACGACUACUCUGAAAGGAGACCAGUUCCCAACGGGGAUCAUCGAAGGACCUCCCGGGCCACCAGGACCACCAGGCAUGAAGCGAGCUUUAUAUGUGAGUAGAAAAAAUGAGACAGGGCGCGGAUUUCUUGUUGAAGGGGCGAAAGGUGACAAGGGUGAUGUUGGGCCUACCGGACCACCUGGACAGCCAGGAGAGAAAGGCACCAGGGGAAAACGUAUUCCAGGUAGGAAAGGGGAGAUGGGUCCACCUGGAGCGCCUGGCGAGCCAGGGCUGCACGGAGAACCAGGUCUUCAAGGUCCACCAGGGCUUCCGGGGCAGUUUGGACCAAAAGGAGAAAAAGGUGACUACGGAGACAUUGGUCCUCCUGGGCUUAUGGGACCACCCGGCCUUCCAGGACCUCCAGGCUAUCCUGGCGUGAAAGGAGAGAAAGGUGACAAAGGAGAAUCGGGAGAUGGGACUUUCGAAACGAGCGGAGGCGAUACAAUUAUCGGACCCCCAGGACCUCCUGGGUUACCUGGAGUACCAGGCCUUCAAGGACCACCAGGUAUCAAAGGAGAUCGAGGAAUGGAUGGAGCCAAAGGAGAACAGGGAGAAAAAGGCUCAAAAGGAGAUCCAGGUCCUAUGGGGUUACCGGGUCCUAUGGGUCUAAGAGGAGAAUCAGGCAGACCAGGUGAUGUCGGGAAACCAGGUCUCAUGGGUCCUCCUGGUUUGGAUGGAAUGAAAGGAGGACAAGGCGAACCGGGUGCAAAGGGUGAAAGAGGAGAUCCUGGAUUACCUGGGACAGAUGGAAUUCCUGGCUCUGAGGGCCCCAAAGGCGAAAGAGGUCAGAAAGGGGAACCGGGUCCUAUAGGAAAGAGAGGCAGGAAAGGUGACCGAGGAGAUAAAGGUGACCAGGGAGUUCCCGGCCUCGAUGCACCAUGUCCAAUCGGCCAGGAUGGCCUUCCGCUACCAGGCUGUGGUUGGCGGCCUCCGAAGGAACCAGUCCAGGAAGUAACGGAUCCUCCACUACCACCAUCUGUUGAAUCAAGUGAAAAUACAGAUGACACUGAUUAUGAUGAUGGAGGGGAUGAAGAGUACGAGGAGUAUGAUCACCAAAAUCCGCCAAUGUACCAGGGAUAG